AUGGUGACAGACAUACCAGAUGGAGGUGACGUGAGCCGCGGAACCGAGGUGGUGGCGUACGAGAAGCCGCAGCCGACGGCGGGGAUCCACCGUGUGGCAUUCGUCGUGUUCCGGCAGGCAGCGCGGCAGGCCAUCUACGCGCCAGGGUGGCGCUCCAACUUCAUCACCAGGGACCUGGCCGAGUGCUACGGCCUCGGUGCUCCGGUGGCCGCCGCCUACUUCAACUGCCAGAGGGAGGGCAGCUGCGGUGGCCGGAGGUACAGGUGA